CAUUCCACAUUCAAAAAUACUAACAGAUCUUUCUCUCAGCUUUGCUACUCGGUUGUCACCUCCCAGUCCAUCAUCCCUCCGAUCUCAAGUCUGGAGAUAGGAGAAAAGAUGGGUCCAGUGAAGAACGUUCGUGCAAUCUCGCAAGAGGCCUUCGAUGAGUUAGUGAAGGAGAACAUGGACGACCUCGGAAUGGACCCCACCGAAGCCUUGGAAGACGCCAUCCAAACCCUCUCCCUCCAAGGCGUCGAUCUCUCCGGGAUCGUGAAGUGUGUUCCAGGGGAAGGUGGUGUCAAGGAACACCCAGCGAUGCAAUGCUUGGAUAAACUGAACCAACUAAACGCCGGCUCAAAGGAUCAAUUCACGCCCCACGAUUUAGUUCAAAUCACAGGUUUACUUAACAACCUAAGCGAAUUAUGUAGUGAUAAAGUAGAAUCGGGAAAUGCAGCAAUCGUAACCAAAAAUGGCGGUGUCGAACUGGUUUGUUCAAUCUGUUCUAAGAUACCAACUGAAUCGCAACAGACUCUCGUUUCUUGUUUGAAGACCAUGGCAUCGUUGCUAACUGAUGUUCAAAGUACAGAGACUUUUAGGGUGAGCAAAGGACCGGUGAUUGUGGUUCGUAUUCUUAAUAUCGAUGGAAUUCAAGAUUUAGACAUCUUGAAUUCUGGCUUUGCUGUUGUUGCUGCUGCUGCAACUGGUAAUGAAGUUGUUAAAGAAUCGUUUAUGGAGUUAGGAGUUGAUAAGUUGAUUCUACAAGUUUUGAGUGGACAAACUAAAGGCAGUCUCCAAAGUUUAUAUGAUGCUAUACGUGUUCUGUUGAUGUCUGAUGAUAAUCGUGUUGUUGCUUCUCAAGUUUAUGGUUAUGCACGAAGAUUUGCGAAAAUUGGAAUUGCAAGAGCUCUUGUGGAGUCACUUCAUGAAGGGCUUAGUUCACCUAGUCUUGUUUCGGCAAGCAUAGCACUAAAGGCUGUUGCUGUGAAUGAUGAAAUAUGUAAGUCCAUUGCUGAUGCUGGUGGUAUUGAUGCACUUCUAAAGUGUGUUGAUGAUAGUGGUGAACAAGGCAACAAAACUGUAGCUAGAACCUGCUGUUCAUUGCUAUCCAAGCUUGCAGGAAGUGACUCAAAUAAGAGCGCUAUAGUUGAGAAAGGAGGUAUGGACAGGCUGAUCAAACUGUCAGCGAGAUUCUCUGAUGACCCGGCUGUGCUGCAAGAGGUCAUGUCCAUUAUUUCUGUACUCUGCUUGAGAUCACCAGACAAUGCAACUCGUGCCAUUGAAGCUGGAGCAGCGGAACUUGCUAUUCAAGCCAUGCAGAAGUUUCCUGCUGCUCAGCAAAUGCAGCGAAGUUCCUGUCUUAUGAUUCGAAAUCUUGUUGUGAGGAACCCAGAGAACAGAAUCCUUCUGCUGAAUAAUGGGAUUGACAAGUUUAUCAGGAAGGCAAAGGAAAAUCAUGAAAGCUGCAAGGAUGCUGCUACUGAUGCGCUAAGGGAUUUGGGUCUUGAUAACUAUAACUCAUAGUUAAUGCCUAUGGGUUUAUUCAUUUUGGAACUUCACUUAAUUUUGUUUCUGAUUUUGAUUUUGUGGUGAGGUUGGCCGUGUCAUAUCAUCAGUUCAGGGAAGUUCCGUUUUUUGUGAGGUUGGCCAUGUAUUGAAUGAGGUUAACUUGCUAUAAUUUUGGAGGCAUGCGUUUGUUACAAUGACGACAUAACAUAGAAGAAAUUAUCACAAUGGGCAUAAUCAUUAAGGGAAGUUUGUGGUUUCAGAAAAGAAUGUGCAGGGUUACUCUGAGAUACCGGAUGCCAUUCCUUGGCAUAAGAUCAUCGCCAUGUAAAGCACUCUGGGAGGCAAACUUUGCAAAACUUUUGGCUUACAGUUUGGCAAUGGACUUGAGGUUGUAAGGUGUGUUACCUGUAUCCAACCCCAACCCACACACAACAGCAAAUCCUUUCGCAGAUU